AUGGCUAUUAUGAUGGGAGCGAUUUCUAGUGUUAUUCUGCACUCAAUUAAUGCUGAUCCUCUUAAAUUCAAAGAGUCUACAUUUUUUGUCUUUAUAUUACCACCAAUAAUAUUUGCAGCCGGCUAUAACUUGAAAAAGAAGAACUUUGUGAGUAAUUUUGGGUAUAUUGCUUUGUUUGGAGUGUUGGGAACCAUAAUUUCUUUUAUUGUGCUGUCAUCAAUGAUUAUGUUUUGGAAUGAUGUACUUCAUAGCGAUUUUUCAGCAAUGAGGUUAAGUUCAAAAGAAUGCCUCCUUUUGGCAUCUGUCCUUUGUGCCACUGAUACUGUAGCUGCACUCACUAUUGUUAAAGAGAAAAAUUACCCAAUAUUAAAUUCAAUUCUAUUCGGAGAAGGAGUGGUUAAUGAUGCGGUCAGUAUUCUAUUAUUCAGGGCUGUUGAGAAAUUAAUUUUAGCUGAUCAAGAAAAUAUCAUCGACUCAUCUAAAAAUUAAGAUUAAGGAGGAAAUCAAUUGUUAAAUUUAUCUGAAUUGAGUUUCAUGCUAAUGAACUUUGGUGUACUUGCUCUAUCAUCUAUCAUAAUUGGUGUCUGUUUUGGGCUUGCUAAUGCAUAUAUUUACAAAAAGCUUACUGAUUUAGAGAAAAACCACGUCAGAGAAAUUUUCCUUCUUCUACUCUUUGCCUACAUUAGUUACAUUUUAUCUGAAUUGAUUGGGUUUUCAGGAGUUAUUACGUUAUUCUCUUGCGCAUUUACAAUGGCUUAUUACUCAUUUUAAAAUUUAUCAUCUCAAAGCAAAAUAGGAAGUGUAUUAGCAAUCGAAACUAUUGGCCAUGCAGCUGAGGCUUUUGUUUUUACAUAUUUAGGAUUAUGCGUUUAUGGCAUGGAGUAGGAAAAAUUCAGCUACUCAUUUUUCUUUGCAGUACUUAUCUCUUGCAUUAUUGCUCGAGCAAUAGGAGUAUUUCUUCCAGCAUUACUUGUCGGCAUUUGUAAAGGUUUUAAAACUAAAAUAAGCAUAAAGUAACUUAUAAUAAUCUGGUUUAGUGGAAGUAUUAGAGGCGCUAUAGCAUUUGCAUUGAGUUUAUAAAUAAAUCCCUCAUUAGCACCUAAUUUCAGCUUGCUUGUUAGUUCUACUUUGAUAGUUGUUCUUUUUACUACUCUUUUAUUCGGAGGAUUAAUGCCAGUAUUUUCAAAGAUGAUUGGAUUGAAAAAGGAAAGAUAAUUAAGCUUUUUAACUUCUAGUUUGACAGAUAACGAAACUUAAUCAAGGAAUCUGGAGGAGAAGGGAAUGGUUUAAGAAAUGUGGGAAAAAUUAGAUUACAAUUAUCUUUAACCAAUAUUUUUGAAAGAAUAGAUGCCUUAUCAUUCACUAGGUUAAUAAGACAGCUCUAACGGACUUAUGGAAGGUGAGGAUGAAGAAACUAAAGAGUAGAGUGAAGAUCUCUCCAGAUCUUUCAGUAAUAAGGCAGAUUAAAAAUCUGGCUCUCCACCCUCUUAAGCCAAGAGAGGCAGAAAAGCUUCAUCAGGAUUGACCAGACAAAAAGAGAUUGAAAUGAAGAGCAUAAUUUUCAAUUGA